AUGGGUGAGAUCAGCCAAGAUGCUGUGGAGAAGUAUCUCGAGGAGAACCCUCAAUUUGCCAAGGAGUACUUUUACAAGAAACUUCAUGUUGAAGCAGUGGGAGAAAUCUUCAAGAACAGCCAGGCUAUGGUCAAGGCCAGCUUGUCGUUCCCUGAGCUGACACAAGUAGAGGAGUCAGCCCUGUGCCUGGAACUGCUGUGGUCUGUGCAGGAAGAGGCAAGCAGCGCCGAGCUGGUAGCACACAGGGCCCUGCAGAGGCUGGCCCAGCUGCUGCAGGCUGACCGCUGCAGCAUGUUCGUAUACCGUGCCCGCAAUGGCACUCCAGAGAUGGCCUCCAGGUUGCUGGACGUCACCACAACCUCCAAGUUUGAGGACAACCUGGUGGUCCCUGACAGAGAAGUUGUGUUUCCACUGGACAUCGGGAUAGUGGGUUGGGUUGCUCACACCAAGAAAACCCUUAAUGUCCCUGAUGUGAAAAAGAACAACCAUUUUUCUGACUUUAUGGACAAACAGACUGGGUAUGUCACAAGAAACCUGCUGGCGACUCCAAUCAUGAUGGGCAAGGAAGUUCUUGCUGUGGUUAUGGCGAUAAACAAAAGAAAUGCAUCAGAGUUUUCCAAACAGGAUGAAGAGGUCUUUUCCAAAUACCUCAACUUUGUUUCUGUCAUGCUAAGGCUUCAGCAUACCAACUACCUGUACAGUGUUGAGUCCAGAAGAAGUCAGAUCCUUAUGUGGUCAGCCAACAAAGUAUUUGAAGAGCUCACAGACGUUGAGAGACAGUUUCACAAAGCACUAUACACAGUUAGAACAUACCUGAACUGUGAACGGUACUCCAUUGGACUGCUGGACAUGACUAAGGAGAAGGAAUUCUAUGACGAAUGGCCAAUCAAGCUUGGAGAAGUGGAGCCUCACAAAGGUCCAAAGACACCAGAUGGCAGGGAAAUAAUCUUUUACAAAAUAAUUGAUUACAUUUUACAUGGAAAAGAAGAGAUCAAAGUGAUCCCGACACCUCCUGCAGACCACUGGACUCUCAUUAGUGGGUUGCCAACCUAUGUUGCUGAAAAUGGAUUUAUAUGUAACAUGCUGAAUGCCCCUGCAGACGAAUACUUCACAUUCCAGAAAGGACCUGUAGAUGAAACUGGUUGGGUCAUUAAAAAUGUCUUGUCCCUGCCUAUUGUCAACAAGAAAGAAGAUAUUGUGGGAGUGGCAACAUUUUACAAUAGGAAGGAUGGAAAACCCUUUGAUGAGCAUGAUGAACACAUUACUGAGACUCUCACACAAUUUCUUGGAUGGUCUCUUCUAAAUACUGAUACCUAUGAGAAAAUGAAUAAGCUAGAAAACAGAAAAGACAUUGCUCAGGAAAUGCUUAUGAGCCAGACCAAGGCAACUGCUGAUGAAGUUAAGUCUAUAUUGAAAUUUAAAGAGAAGUUAAAUAUAGAUGUGAUUGAAGACUGUGAAGAAAAACAGCUUGUCACAAUUUUGAAAGAGGAUUUGCCAGACCCAAAGGCAGUAGACCUAUAUGAAUUCCACUUCAGUGACUUUCCCAUUACUGAGCACGAAUUGGUUAAAUGUGGACUACGACUGUUUUUUGAAAUAAAUGUGGUGGAGAAAUUCAAAGUACCUGUGGAGGUUCUUACCAGGUGGAUGUACACAGUGAGGAAAGGGUACCGCUCCGUCACUUACCACAACUGGCGGCAUGGAUUCAACGUGGGGCAGACCAUGUUCACCUUGCUGAUGACAGGAAGACUAAAGAAAUACUACACAGAUCUUGAAGCUUUUGCUAUGGUUGCUGCUGCCUUCUGCCAUGAUAUUGACCACAGAGGCACCAAUAAUUUGUACCAAAUGAAAUCCAUAUCUCCACUAGCCAAGCUUCAUGGGACUUCUAUUUUGGAGAGGCACCACCUGGAGUACAGUAAGACACUCUUGCAGGAUGAGAGUUUAAACAUCUUCCAGAACCUAAAUAAGCGGCAGUUUGAAACAGUUAUUCAUCUAUUGGAGGUCGCAAUAAUAGCAACUGACCUGGCUUUAUAUUUCAAGAAGAGAACCAUGUUUCAAAAAAUUGUUGAUGCCUGUGAACAAAUGGAAACUGAAGAGGAGGCCAUCAAAUAUGUAACCAUUGAUCCAACCAAAAAAGAGGUUAUCAUGGCAAUGAUGAUGACCGCAUGUGACCUAUCUGCUAUAACCAAACCCUGGGAGGUACAAAGCCAGGUAGCACUUCUGGUUGCAAAUGAAUUUUGGGAACAAGGAGAUUUGGAAAGAACAGUGCUGCAGCAACAACCUAUUCCUAUGAUGGACAGAAACAAAAAAGAUGAACUACCUAAGCUUCAAGUUGGAUUUAUUGAUUUUGUCUGUACUUUUGUAUACAAGGAGUUCUCACGGUUUCACAAAGAAAUCACACCUAUGCUGAAUGGCCUUCAGAAUAAUCGAGUGGAAUGGAAAUCCCUAGCUGAUGAGUAUGAUGCAAAGGUGAAGAUAAUGGACGAGGAGGUGAAAAAGCAGGAAGAAGGAAACAUGAAUGGAAAAGCUGCCCAAGAUUCAGGAGGUGGUGGUGAUAACAAAAAGUCUAAAACGUGCUUAAUGUUGUAAAAUAAUCCAACUGGGCUAAAAUUUAAAUGUCAUCUUAGUUGUGAAGAGAAAUAGCAAACAUUCAAAAGAACUUCAGUACAUUUCAUUCAGCAAACUAUUAAGUAAAAGAAUAAGAGAAUCUUUAGAAAAAUUGCCAUGACUAUCAAAGAGAAUAUGUAAUGCUGGUCUGAAAAAUGUGAGGGUAAAAUAAAGUUGAACAGAAGUGCAAAAUAAGACAAAAACAGAUGCUUUUGGUGCCAAUUUUUUGUAAAUAUAAAAAAUAUACAAUCCUACAACCAGUCACAGA